AUGUAUUUCUAUCAAGCUGUCCAAGGCGAAGUCAUGCCCAUCUCCAGUAACGACGAACUCAUCAACGCCUACUGCUCCAAAAACAUCAAGUCUCUCCAACACAUCCGUCACGAAGCUGAGAACCACGCUGCCACCUCUUUCGCUGGUGCUGGCGGCGCGGUUGGGUUUCUGAAGGAUCGGUAUAAUGGUGUGACUGCGCCGAAGUGGUGUCAAUAG